UUGCCGCGGUGUACAUCCAACCGAGCGAGGCAUGUGGAGAGUGUGACUCAUGUUGGAAUUACAAACACUGUGAAAUAACCGAGUUUCCCUGGGUUGUGAGGAGGUACUAUGCCGUUUUCAUAACCAGAGUAACCCUCAACAAUUUCUGGGGCAAAGGAAAUUCUUGCGGAAUGUUCAACAAAUGUUCGGCUAAGGCUUGCGGCUGCAUUGGAUUAGACGUUGGCCGAAUCGGAGGGCGGACAUUGCAAGGACAAUGGUUUUCCUACCACAGGAAGAAGCACAUACAGUACAUGCGUCGAUUCUGGGCCGUUGUUAACGAAAACAAUGCUGAGAUGACUUUCUUCUUAGCCGCCGAGGCCUCGUGGAAGGUACCAGUGACAGUAGUAAAAAAAGUAGCGUGUGACGAAUGUGGAACGGUCCGCAUAGAAACAUACGUUGUACCGGACACAGAGGUGAAAGUAAGAACUGUGUCCGUCGAGUUCAGAGCUAUCAUGCUUAUCUUAAAGAUUAAGUUUAGGAUAUUGUUGAUGUGCAAUGGCCUGAAAGGAGUUGUCAGUAACAAGCCGUUCGCACUUGUUUUGGCUACGAUGCCGUUCCCGGGUAAGAGCGACACGUGGGUCAAGAUCAACGCCGCCUUGCGCCAUUACAACUUCGAUCCGCACAAGAUGAUGUUCUUGAGGCACGAGGCCUGCAUCUACCCGCCCUUCGAUUGGGCCAACUCCUGGGUCGGGCCUGCUAACAACAACUGCAACAUUUGCAAAAUUGACAAGUAGUCUCUUUUCCCCGCGUCACCUCGAGACACGUCCAACAACUGCCGUCAAAAAUAGUAGCCCUCUCAAAUUAUGGAGCAAUCCGACCGAAAUUUGGACGCAAAUUUUUAACUUUUGAGUACUUUUCACAUCAUGUUUCCUUUCAUCUAAAAAGGGUGUUUUUUCAUCCUUCAUUCAGUAUUUUUAAACCUUGGAAAAACGGAACUCAGAAAACUUACCGCUUUUAAAAAUGUUACAUUGUGUAAAAUGAAAUAUAUAUACUUAUUUAAAGAAAAAA